AAUUAUAUCGGUGUUGUUGUUGGCCGGUGUGUUUUACUUAAACGGGGACGCUAUUUGCUAUUUUUUAUUUGUCGUGCCAGAAUUUACUAUACAAACGAAAAAAAGAAAACCUAUAAUCAAUAAUUAACGCAUAAUUUCCUAAGAAUGAGCUCUCCCAUUGUUACACGACGGGCAGCGCAAAAAGCUAAAAUACAAACUCGUGCAAUGGUUAAGUCGACAACAUCGGCUGCGACUGUCAAUUUAGUUGAACAUCGAAAACCGAACAUAGCACUACUUGAAGCUAAGCGGAAAGCAAAAUUAUUAAAAAUGCAACAACAAACGCAGCAAGAAAAUGCUGUUAAGGAUAUUUUUCAAAAUGCUGUUAAUGCUAAACAUUUAAUGCAAAAGCCUACCGGCUUAGUUUACGAUGAAUCUAUGUCACAGCAUCGCUGUUUGUGGGACGAAAAACAUCUUGAAUGUCCAGAACGUUUUAUAAGAGUUAUGGAUCGUUGCCGUGAAUUGAAUUUAAUAGCUCGCUGUAAACUGUUAUCAUCCCGUCGUGCCACUAAAGAUGAAGUAAUGCUAUUACAUAGCGAAGAACAUUAUAAAUUAUUAGAACAAACAUCAGAUGAUAGAGACGAGACAAAAAUGGAAGAUUUAAGUUCGAAAUUUGAUUCCAUCUAUAUACAUCCGUCCACAUUUGAGUUGUCUCUAUUAGCAGUUGGUUCAACGAUAGAUUUAAUUGAAAAUAUUGUUAACGGUAGCAUACAAAAUGGUAUGGCUAUUAUACGGCCACCCGGUCAUCAUGCAAUGAAAGCUGAAUUUAAUGGUUACUGUUUCUUUAAUAAUGUAGCACUGGCUACACAGUAUGCUUUAGAUGUCCUAAAAUUAAAUAAAGUUAUGAUUAUCGAUUGGGAUAUACAUCAUGGACAAGGUACCCAGAGAUUUUUCUAUCAUGAUUCUAGAGUUCUUUAUUUUUCCAUACAUCGUUACGAAUAUGGUCGUUUUUGGCCCAAUCUAAAGGAAUCGGAUUUUGAUGCGAUCGGUUGUGGGCCCGGUUUAGGUUAUAAUUUCAAUUUGCCUUUGAACAAGACUGGAAUGGGCAAUGGAGAUUACUUGGCCAUAUUUCAGCAAAUACUAAUACCGGUAGCUAUUGAAUUUCAACCUGAUUUAAUUAUUGUGUCGGCUGGCUACGAUGCUGCCUUGGGUUGUCCUGAAGGAGAAAUGGAAGUAACGCCGGCAUUUUAUCCUCAUUUGAUAAAUUCAUUGUUAAAGUUAGCAAAUUCACGUUUGGCUGUAGUUCUAGAGGGUGGCUAUUGUCUGGACUCGCUCGCAGAAGGGGCGGCUCUAACAUUAAGAGCAUUACUGGGAGAACCUUGUCCUAUGUUAGUUGAAAAAUUGGAGCCGCCUUGCUCAUCCGUACAAGAAUCGAUAUUGAAUUGCAUUUAUGCUCAUCGUCCAUAUUGGAAGUGCUUGCAAUUACAGGAUACGUACACAAUGGAGGAAUUGAAUAACGUUAAUCCACAACUAAAUUUGCACAAAAUUAAUCGCGUUUUUAUCGAAGGACCACCACUGCCUGAAAGAUUUCCAACGCGCGGCACAGCAACUAGUCUGCCGCCUGAAAUCGAGGAAAAGUAUAGUUUGCGUUUACAAAGGCUUAAGGCUGAAACGAAAUUAUUUUCACCUCGCGUACGUGUUUGUUAUGUUUACGAUGAGCUGAUGCUGCAGCAUAGUAACACUUAUGAGCAAGGUCAUCCUGAACAACCGGAACGUAUACGUAAGAUUUAUGAAAUGCAUAAUGAAUACAAACUGUUUGAACGUAUGCAGCAAUUAUCAUCACGUUCUGCUACCACCGAUGAAAUUUGCUUGGCUCAUACAAGGGCCCAUGUGAAUUUAAUACGACGUAUUGGUGACAAAGGUGAAUUACAGGACAUCGGCGCAAAAUAUAAUUCAGUUUAUUUUCAUCCUAAGACAUUCGAUUGUGCCACCUUGGCUGCCGGUUCUGUUUUACAAGUUAUAGAUAAAGUCCUUAAAGGAGAAGCGCGUUGUGGCGUUUGCAUUGUACGACCACCCGGUCAUCAUGCUGAAUCUGAUGAACCUCAUGGUUUUUGCAUAUUUAAUAAUGUCGCCAUAGCUGCUCUUUAUGCUAUCAGAGAUCAUGGAUUGAAACGCGUUUUAAUUGUUGAUUGGGAUGUACAUCAUGGAAAUGGCACACAGCAUAUAUUUGAAUCAAAUCCGAAUGUUUUAUAUAUAAGUGUGCAUCGUUAUGAUAAUGGUUCAUUCUUUCCUAAAGGUAAAGAUGGCGACUAUGAUGUAGUUGGCAAGGGACCCGGUAUUGGUUUCAACGUUAACAUACCCUGGAAUAAGAAGGGCAUGGGCGAUAUGGAAUAUGUUUUAGCUUUCCAGCAUAUAAUUAUGCCAAUUGCUUAUGAAUUUGAUCCGCAAUUGGUUUUGGUAUCGGCCGGGUUUGAUGCUGCUAUCGGUGAUCCUCUCGGCGGUUGCAAGGUUACACCAGAGGCAUAUGGCUUGUUUACUCAUUGGCUAUUAGCAUUAGCGAAUGGUCGCGUUGUUGUCUGCCUUGAAGGUGGUUAUAAUGUUAAUUCCAUUUCUUAUGCGAUGACCAUGUGCACAAAAUCUUUACUGGGCGAUCCUAUACCGCCAGUGCAAUUUAAUGGUUCGGUCUCACGUCCACCCACCGUAGCGUAUAUCAGCUGUUUGGAGACAUUGCAGAAAUGCAUAAGUAUACAGCAACGGUAUUGGAAAUGUUUAACUUUUGGUAAACGCUUACCGGACAGCUGUUCGAACGAGAACAAUAAUGAGGAUUUUCUUACUGCAACUUUGCAAAAUUUAAAUAUCACAAGGGAUGACGUGCAGGGCGCAGCUGGUGGUUCAGGAGAUGGUGGCGAUGAUGUAUUAUUGGCAGCUAGUGGCAGCAAACCGAAGGUAAAAGUAAAAACCUUAACAGAAUUUCUCACAGAUCAUGAACAGGCCUUACAAAAUAAUGAAAUGUUUGCCGUCGUUCCCUUAAAAAGUUGCCCUCAUCUGUCUCAGUUGCAGCCCGAAGAAGCACCAAAAUAUAUAAACACGACUUUGACCUGUUGCGAAUGCUUAUCAACGGCCGAAAAUUGGAUGUGUUUAACGUGUCAAAAGACUUUAUGCGGCCGUUACGUUAACGAACAUAUGCUAUAUCAUAAUCUGAAUACCUCGCAUCCAUUGGCGUUAAGUUAUAGUGAUUUAUCGGUAUGGUGUUAUCCCUGUGAAGCUUAUAUUGAUAACAAAAAAUUACACGUUUAUAAGAAUUUGGCGCAUCGUCAUAAGUUCGGCGAAGAUAUGUUAUACUCAUAUGAUAGUGAUAAGAGCGAUGAUUAUGUAAACAAUAGACAAGAUGUAGAAGUAAUAGAGGACGGAAGGAAUGCUUAUUAUAUCGAAUUAAAUAUAGAGAACAAUCACCACCGCAAUUGUCAUAUUAUUAAUAAUAAUAAUAAUAAUAAUAAUAACAACAAUAGCAACAGAAGUAAUCAUAGAAAUAGCACGAAUAACAAUCUUGACAAUGACAAUAAUGAACAAGAUAAUAACUGACAUUUGGCUAUUGUACUGCUUGAGGCAGUACAGCAUCAUAUAUGUAUGCUGUUUCCGUCUCUGCGUCCAGUGUUUCAAUAUAUCAUUGAAUACGUUUGGCCUUUAGUGCAACGUUUAUAUUUAAAAAUUUUACACUAUUUCAUGGCACAUUGAUAAAUAUUUUUAUUACAUUGUUGUGGCUUCUUUAGUCCUUACCCCUUAUCUAUUACAGCAGCACCCAGCGUCCACAAAUAAUAAAUAAAGAUUAGCAUAUUAUUCAUAUUUGAUAAUACGUGUAACCCUUUCACAUAAAUUAUUGUAAUUUAUAAUGUAUUUAGGUUUUUAUAAUUUAAUUUUUUUUUUUUUAAUUUUUUAUUUUAAUUGACCAAUGUGUUAUAUUAUAUGACAUUUGUAUUUAAGUACACAAACGUAUGUAUAAAUUUUCUAAUAAUAUAAAGAACAACUUUUUCUUCUUUUUAAUAUUUUCUAUAUAACUUAAAAUUAAUUAACUAAAAACAAAGAAAAAUAAUAAUAAUAAUUAUCACUUAGACUACUAUAUAACUUCCAUAUUUGCUAAAUAAUUUAUAAGUAUUUCAAAACUUACUCGUGUUUAAAUUAUUCGGUAGCGUUAGCAACUACAAAAAA